AUGAGUGCUAGUGGUAGUAGCGAUUGCGAGAACACUGGUAGCUCCAAUGCAAAGGCCGUGGAUGUGGAUGCCAAGGCUGGAGGCAACAUGGAUAAGUUGCUAGACGUGUUGCUGACGUCGGAAGAGGGCCCGUUGAGUGCAGCAGUUGUAGAGAAACGGACUCCUCCCACCAACAACAACAAGCUUAAGGAAGAACCCAAGGCAGAGACUACCGGUACUGUGGAAUCACCACCGGAUAUCGACUUGCCGUCGCGCAUGAGCGCUAGUGGUAGUAGCGAUUGCGAGAAGACUGGUAGCUCCAAUGCCAAUGCCGCGGAUGUAAAUUCCAAGGCUGGAGGAAACAUGGAGAAGUUGUUAGACGUGUUGCUGACGUCGGAAGAGGGUCCAUUGAGUGCAGCAGUUGUAGAGAAACGGACUCCUCCCACCACCAACAACAAGCUUAAGGAAGAAGCCAAUGCAGAGACUACCGGUACUGUGGAAUCACCAUUGGAUAACGCCUUGCCAACACCCAUGCCCUUACCCUCGAAUCAGGCACAGCAACCUACGUCACACCCGGGGGCGUAUGCAGUGGGUACGAGUUUCACUUCGAGCUACACUACUCGUCCCAAUGGGGAGGACAACUUUAUUGGUGGGGGUCCCGAAACGGCACCCGAGCUUUCUCCUACUAGUAGCGAACCACCACCACCACCACCACUAUUGCAGGGUACCCUUGUACAUUUAGAUGCCACAACGCAACGCAGGACACCCCAAGCCGCAUCGUGUCACCCAGCAAUGGAGCCAAUCUCUCAGCUUGCCAUCACAGGAACUGCUGUCCGCGAUGAUGACAGCCAAAGGAGACACGCAGCAUGGUUUGCAUUGGCCGUGUUGGUCAUGAUGGCCGUUAUUGUGGCUCUUGUCUUGGGACUCCUUGGAGUAUUUGACGGCGAAGAAUCACUCCAGAUUGGUCUCACAGGAAACAAAGAAAAUGAAAAUGGCAGCCUUUCAACUCUCCAACGAAUCAAGCAGGAAGGUACCUUGCGAUGUGAAUAUCGUCAGGUUAACAUUGAAGAUAUUGCUGGAUUCAGCUACAGCUUUUGCCUUGCAGUGACGGCCGCCAUCUUUGGACCAGAGGCUGCUAAGGACAAGAUGGACUUUCAAGAAUACAAGAAUCGGACAUCUCUGUUUGCGCCUCUUGCAGAAGGGCAAGUGGACUUGUACAGUUCUUUUUACACACAUACCAUGGAACGAGAUGUACUCCAGACUCAAGUCAAGACUGGCUUGUCUUUUACCCCUCCUUGUCUAUAUAUAGGAAUGGGAGUUGCUGGUGAUCCAUUUCAUGUUGGCUGUGUAGAAGACAACUUCAAACAUCUCGAUGAGUGUCAGAGCUUGAAGGUUUGUGUUGGACAGGACACAACCUAUGAAAGUCUAGUGCAAUCUACCCUACCAAGACGCUUUAUUGUACCAGUGGAAACUGUGAGUGAUGUUGAAACUGUGUUUGUCAAGGCUGGCUGCAACGUCCUUGCUACUGCAAGUUUCGCAACCUUGAGCGCAGAGGAGGUUGUAGCUGGAGGAUACAAUGGAAGCUACGUGCGUAGUGAACGCUACUUUUCUAAAGAACCCACAAGUCUUGCUACCAGAGAAGACGAUCCAGAAUUCACAGCCUUUGUGGGUGCCAUUAUGGAUUCCCUCAACGUGGCAGAGCUACACAACAUCACUCAGGCCACUGCCCACAUGUUUCCUGCCACCCAAGUCUUUGGCACUGAGUAUGAAUACAUUUUUCAAAAUGCCAUUGCUGCUGUGGGAAACUAUGGUGAAAUCUACGAUCGCCACAUGGCCAAGGGUAUUCCUCGGGCCACAAUCAACCAGAUCAACAGAGGAACCACAGGAUUACUCCUUUCGCACCCAUUUGGUGCCGUUGGAGAAAAUGUGAGAGAGGAGGACAAGAUUCCACUCGGUGAUUAUCUCCAAUCCAUCGUGGAAAGAGGGGGUGUUCGCUGUGGCAUUAGUGCCAAUGCAGAAAGGGCUGGUUUUGCUUCCAAAGUGAAUAGCAAUGUUUCCUCUGUGGCUUACAAGGGAUUCGAGAUUGAUCUCUGCCGAGCUCUAUCCACUUCAUUGUUUCAAGGCCAACCAAACAAUAUACAGUUCAUAGAGGUGGAGGAGCCCGAAGAUGGCUUUGCUCUGCUUGCAAGUGGUGAAAUAGAUGUGUUGGCUGGAGUGACAAGCAGUCUUCAGAACCGUGUCAAGGAACCAACCACAGGACUAGGCUAUUCCUUUUCCGCGCCCUACUUUUACGAUUCUGCACACAACAGCAAUCUCUGCAUGGCCACCAAUCAAGAUGCCCGUGACUGGUCUGCAUGGGUGUACUGGAUUGUCAAUGCUUUAAUCUUUGCGGAGGAGCAAGAUAUUGGCCAAGCAACUUCCAGCAUGAUGCCAGAGGUCCUGCUGUUUGGCACCCAGUACAAGCGGAUGCUUCGAGAUGCUGUUUUGGAAGUGGGGAGCUACAGUGAUAUAUUCAAUCGAAACUUGAAGCCCAUGAAUAUCCCUCGCACUGGCCAGAACAUGCUCAAUCUAAACUCCAACCAAGGACCACAACGCUAUGCACCUCCCGGGUUUAUCUAA